CGUAAGUACUGCCUUGAAGCUUGGCCACAGACGAGUAUGAAGCAUGGCGUCGCUUUCCGCAAGUUCUCGAGAACAACAUCACACAGAAAUUUAAUGCUGAGAAAUUUGGUUACAUCCCUCUUCGAGCACGAACAAAUCAAAACGACACUUCCAAAAGCGAAGGAUGCAGCACGACUGGCCGAGAAGAUAAUCACGUUAGGCAAGAAAGGGAAUAAUGUUGCCUUCACCAAAGCCUCUGCGUUCCUGUUGAAGCAGGACCUAAUUCCCAAACUUUUUGGCACUUUCGCUCAACGAUACGCUGACCGGCCGGGGGGUUAUACACGUAUACAUAAGUACGGAAACCGCCCAGGAGACAACGCGCCAGUCGCAAUAUUAGAGCUGGUGGACAAUCCCAGGGAUCUUCGAUGGGAAAUAACGUCGCGCGCUAUUGGAUGGGAAAUGCUGAAGGACAAGCUCAAGCAGGAGGAGCCUUUGUCGCUCAUUCAAAGGGGAGCUCCCGACGCCCAGAAUUUCAUCCAGCAUGAACGAAGUUUGGACCAGAAUUCAACAGGCAUAUUAAGGCCAAAGACACGGUGGAAUCUUCAGAAGGUUUUGCGGUUCAAAGGUCAAGAUGGGACAAUCGCACUGGGGCGAAAGGUUGAAGAAUACUUUGAUCAUGUUCUUGCAUCGACGGUGGCUACCAAAGCCCUGGAUGAAAACCGGAUGAUCAAGGCUGGCCAGAUGCUUCCUGGAGAGACUCGGAAUGCUCUUUAUCUCGCGCGCGGUGCGUUGGGCCAUCAGAAACCUGCUCCAAAUGAGCAACACAUACUCAGCGUCAAAAAUAUGUUUAAACAGCAUCCAUCAUAAGCUAUUGCAACCACUAUUUGGUAUUCUUCUUCCUAAUGUACAAACGUAAAACAUCGGACAAAUUGGACUAUUUUUUGUCAGUGAGCCCGUCAGAAUUGACUUGCCGCCUCCAGAUCAUCAGCGUUUAGCCAAUCAGCCCCGACAUUCAACAACUGCCUCCAUACGUCGUUGCGUGCUUGGAUCGGCCAGCCGGGGGUGUCCCAAUACCUCGCAGUGAUGCCGCGCUGGUG